UUCCGGUUUGGCUUUCCUCUUUGGGGAAACCGGAAGUGGCUGUAUGUCUCUAAAAAGAUGGAAGGUGAGGCUUUUCCAAGCUUUACAAGGGAGCAGAAGUAAUUUAGAAACGUUUUAUAGUAAGCCGGGUUUGCGCUUCCAUGGGACAAAGAGUUUUGCCACAUCGGCCAUAGAAAGGUCUUGUCUAGGCUCCUGGUAACCAUAGAGGCGGCACCGGGCAUCGAGAAGCGGAGCCUAGAGCGCCCUCUCCGCUCUAAAGGUCCUUUCCAAACGCCGCGGAAGGCGGGAGAAGAGUCCGAGCGGCCGACUGAGAAAGAGUGAGGCUAAUGCGAGUGCGCAUGCGCCGGAGCCAGGAAUUGGAGAGAUGGAGUCUCAAGAGGCCAAGAAGGUCCCCGAAGGGAGAAAGAAGUUCACCGUGAAGACACAGGAUGAAGAGAAUGUGGCCCCAGUGAAGCCCCUCUUCAAGCCAUCUUCCACAGCAAGACCCUCGCAGGCCCCCGAAGCCUCCGUCGCAUCAGGCGGAGCAUCCUAUGCAGACUAUAUUGUUGGGCAAGCAGAUGCCUCUUCAGCCUCCCCAGUGAAACAAGGAGCAUCUGGCACCACAGCUGCAAAACCCACCAUUUCUGGAGUGCCUCCACCCCGUGACCAAAACAGGACCACCGUGGCCACGCUAAGCGCAACGGAAGAAAAUGGUGCCUCGAACCCAGUGCUGAAACCUGGGGCAAAGCACAACAGCAUCAUUGUUAGCCCACGGCAGCGGGGAAAUCCCAUUCUGAAAUUUAUCCGCAAUGUGCCUUGGGAGUUUGGUGAGGUUGUUCCGGAUUACGUAUUGGGCCAAAGUACCUGCGCCCUUUUCCUGAGCCUCCGGUACCAUAACCUGAACUCUAAUUACAUCCACGAACGACUCCGAAAUCUGGGCAAGGCGUAUGCGCUGCGGGUACUCCUGCUUCAGGUCGAUGUGAAAGACCCGCAUCAGGCUCUGAAGGAUCUAGCGAAGAUCUGCAUCCUUGCCGACUGUACCCUUAUCCUGGCCUGGAGCCCCGAGGAAGCUGGCCGUUACUUGGAAACAUACAAGGCCUAUGAGAAUAAGCCAGCCGACAUGUUGAAGGAGAAAGUGGAUCAGGACUACAAAUCAAGAAUGACAGACUGCCUAACCAGCGUGAAAUCAGUGAACAAGACAGACACGCUGAGCCUGCUCUCUACCUUUGGAUCUCUGGCCAACAUUGUCCAAGCCUCUAAGGAGGACCUGUCUCUCUGUCCAGGGAUUGGGCCCCAAAAGGCCAAGAGGCUAUUUGAGGUCCUACAUGAGCCAUUCUUCAAAGUUCCUAAGUGUACAGAGGCCUCUUGCGAGGAGAAAAGCAAAGACUAACCAUCUGCGCAGACGUGCAUUUGAUCAGCAGUGCUCCUCCCACCCAGAGAAUCCAAAGAACCUUGUGGAAGUCCAGAAGAAUUUGGAAAAAGAAAUGAAGCCUUACUUUACUGGUGGCUAUUACAAUACUCUCUCCCCCCCCCCA